AUGGGGCAGCAGGUGGGCCGCGUCGGGGAGGCUCCGGGGCUCCCGCAGCCGCAGCCCCGCGGGGCCCGGGGCAGCAGCGCCGCCAGGCCCUCCGGCCGCAGGCGGGACCCGGCGGGGCGCCCGCCCGAGAGCGGCUUCAAUGUCUUCACGCAGCACGAUCACUUUGCCAGCUGUGUGGAGGAUGGAUUUGAGGGAGACAAGACUGGAGGCAGUAGUCCAGAAGCUUUGCACCGUCCCUAUGGUUGUGAUCUUGAACCCCAAGCACUGAACGAAGCCAUCAGGUGGAGCUCCAAGGAGAACCUGCUUGGAGCCACCGAGAGUGACCCUAAUCUCUUCGUUGCACUUUAUGAUUUUGUAGCCAGUGGUGACAACACACUCAGCAUCACUAAAGGUGAAAAGUUGCGAGUCCUUGGUUACAACCAGAAUGGUGAGUGGAGUGAAGUUCGCUCUAAGAAUGGACAGGGGUGGGUACCGAGCAACUACAUCACCCCCGUGAACAGCUUGGAGAAGCACUCCUGGUACCACGGCCCCGUGUCCCGCAGCGCGGCCGAGUAUCUCCUCAGCAGUCUCAUCAAUGGCAGCUUCCUGGUGCGAGAAAGUGAGAGCAGCCCUGGGCAGCUGUCCAUCUCGCUGCGGUACGAGGGGCGCGUGUAUCACUACAGGAUCAACACCGCCACGGACGGCAAGGUGUACGUAACUGCGGAGAGCCGCUUCAGCACCCUGGCAGAGCUCGUCCACCACCACUCCACAGUGGCCGAUGGGCUGGUGACAACCCUGCACUACCCAGCACCCAAGUGUAAUAAGCCUACGGUCUACGGCGUGUCCCCCAUCCACGACAAGUGGGAGAUGGAAAGAACAGACAUCACCAUGAAGCACAAACUUGGGGGUGGGCAGUACGGAGAGGUUUACGUUGGCGUCUGGAAGAAAUACAGCCUGACGGUGGCCGUGAAGACGUUGAAGGAGGACACCAUGGAGGUGGAGGAGUUCCUGAAAGAAGCUGCAGUCAUGAAGGAAAUCAAGCACCCUAAUCUGGUACAGCUGUUAGGUGUGUGCACCCUGGAGCCCCCCUUUUACAUUGUGACCGAGUACAUGCCGUACGGGAACUUGCUCGAUUACCUCCGGGAGUGCAACCGUGAGGAGGUGACCGCCGUGGUGCUGCUCUACAUGGCCACGCAGAUCUCUUCUGCAAUGGAGUAUUUAGAGAAGAAGAAUUUCAUCCAUCGAGAUCUUGCAGCUCGGAACUGCCUAGUGGGAGAAAACCACGUGGUAAAAGUGGCCGACUUUGGCUUAAGUAGACUGAUGACUGGAGACACCUAUACUGCUCAUGCCGGAGCCAAAUUCCCUAUCAAGUGGACAGCACCAGAGAGUCUUGCCUACAAUACCUUCUCAAUUAAGUCUGACGUGUGGGCUUUUGGGGUACUGUUAUGGGAAAUUGCUACAUAUGGAAUGUCACCAUAUCCAGGUAUUGACCUGUCCCAGGUCUAUGAUCUGCUGGAAAAAGGGUAUCGCAUGGAGCAGCCUGAGGGGUGCCCCCCGAAGGUUUACGAGCUGAUGAGAGCAUGCUGGAAGUGGAGCCCUGCUGACAGGCCCUCUUUUGCGGAGACACAUCAAGCUUUUGAAACCAUGUUCCAUGACUCGAGCAUCUCCGAAGAGGUGGCUGAGGAGCUGGGGAGAGCCGCCUCCUCAUCGUCUGUCGUUCCCUACCUGCCCCGAUUACCCAUCCUGCCUUCCAAGACGCGGACUCUGAAGAAGCAGGUGGAGAACAAGGAGAACAUUGAAGGGGCCCCAGAGGCCACUGAGAGUCCUGCUUCCAAUUCAGCACCAGGGUUCAUUAGAAGUGCACAGCCGUCCAGUGGGUCCCCAGCACUGCCUCGAAAGCAAAGAGAUAAGUCACCCAGCAGCCUCUUGGAAGACGCCAAAGAGACGUGCUUCACCAGGGACAGGAAGGGCGGCUUCUUCAGCUCCUUCAUGAGAAAGAGAAACGCUCCCACACCCCCUAAGCGCAGCAGCUCCUUCCGCGAAAUGGAGAAUCAGCCCCAAAAGAAAUACGAACUUGCGGGUAACUUCUCAUCUGUUGCUUCUCUCCAGCAUGCUGAUGGGUUGUCUUUCACUCCUGCCCAGCAAGAGGCGAACCUGGUGCCACCCAAGUGCUAUGGGGGGAGCUUUGCACAGAGGAACCUCUGUAAUGACGACGGUGGGGGUGGUGGGGGCAGUGGCACUGCUGGGGGUGGGUGGUCUGGCAUCACAGGCUUCUUUACACCGCGCUUAAUCAAAAAGACACUGGGCUUACGAGCAGGGAAACCCGCAGCCAGUGAUGACACUCCCAAGCCUUUCCCAAGGUCAAACUCUACGUCUUCCAUGUCCUCAGGGCUUCCAGAGCAGGAUAGGAUGGCAAUGACCCUGCCCAGGAACUGCCAGAGGUCCAAACUCCAGCUGGAAAGGACAGUGUCCACCUCUUCCCAGCCAGAGGAGAAUGUGGACAGGGCCAGUGACACGCUUCCCAAACAGCCAGAGGAAGGGGCCGCUCCACCCAGGGAGAGACCCAAAGCCAAGCUCUUGCCCAGAGGAGCCACAGCUCUUCCUCUCAGGACCCCCCCUGGGGAUCCAGCCAUGACAGAGAAGGACUCUGCAGGGGUGGGGGCAGCUGCCCCGCCAGCUGCCCCCAAGGGCAAGGAGAGGAAUGGUGGGGCACGACUUGGGAUGGCUGGAGUCCCCGAGGACGGAGAGCAGCCAGGCUGGGCCUCCCCAGCCAAGGCAGCGCCUGUCCUCCCAACCACCCACAACCACAAAGUGCCAGUCCUUAUCUCACCCACUCUGAAACACACUCCAGCUGACGUGCAGCUCAUUGGCACAGACUCUCAGGGGAAUAAGUUCAAGCUCUUAUCUGAACAUCAGGUCACGUCCUCUGGAGACAAGGACCGACCCCGACGGGUAAAACCAAAGUGUGCCCCACCCCCUCCACCAGUGAUGAGACUACUGCAGCAUCCGUCCGCCUGCUCAGACCCUGCGGAAGAGCCGCCUGCCCCCAGUGCAGGACAGCCCACGUCCGAAACGCAGGAAGGAGGGAAAAAGGCAGCUCCAGGGGCAGUGCCCGUCAGUGGGAAAGCCGGGAGGCCAGCGGUGCCUCCGCCUCAAGUGCCUCCACCCGCAUCCUCCCUCUCGCCAGCCAAACUGGCCAACGGCACAGCAGGUACGAAAGUGGCUCUGAGGAGAACCAGACAGGCAGCUGAGAAGAUCUCGGCCGACAAGAUCAGCAAAGAGGCCCUGCUGGAAUGUGCUGACCUACUGUCCAGUGCGAUCACGGAGCCCGUGCCCAACAGCCAGCUGGUGGACACGGGGCACCAGCUGCUCGACUACUGCUCAGGCUACGUGGACUGCAUCCCUCAGACUCGCAACAAGUUUGCCUUCCGAGAGGCCGUGAGCAAGCUGGAGCUGAGCCUGCAGGAGCUGCAGGUGUCGUCAGCAGCGGCCGGCGUGCCCGGGACAAACCCCGUCCUCAAUAACUUACUGUCGUGUGUGCAGGAAAUCAGUGAUGUGGUGCAGAGGUAGCCACUGGCAUCCUGGCGGGAAAGUGCACACGUUUCUGAGGGGAGGGGAGGGACUUGUUUUCCUGUGUUCUUGUUUUCAGCAUAUGAAAGACUGAUACUUGAGUGUGAUUAUGUGAAGUACCUCAGAUCCCUGAGCUCACGUUUACAGGUUCAUCUCAAAACAACACAAAGCAAGCCACGCAAGUGCAGGAGCAGGAGGUUCGACGGGGGCAGGCGGUGGUGGAGACUGCACUGGCACAUCUGGGGUGGGUGGGGGUGUGUCCUGAGGGAGGAAAGCAGAGCUGCCCAUCUCGGUCUUGAGCGCCGGGAGGUGCUGGCCGGGGCGGCGUCAGCGUCGGUGUCGGUGUCGGUGUCGGCGUCAGCAGGGCUGCAGGGGCUGUGUGUCCAGGUGGAGGAGUGGCGGGGUGCUCACUCUGCAUCACAGAGAAGGGAAUUGGCCUGGGGCUGUGGUGGGUGCCAGUGGUGGUUCUGUGUGCUUCACCUGGGGAAUCUGGGGACAGAAGACAGGAAGGCAGGGCAUGCGCCAAGAGCAGUUCUGUUCAAGGCUGCUGGAAGCAAGGCUGCAGCUGCCGUCGUAGGAACUGCAGAUGACGUUGCUGGAGUACCAAGCUGCAGAGUGUGGGCUUGUCUGUGUGCUCUGCCCUCUUCCCCACCAGUGUAUUAAUUGGUAUAGGAACCAGGGAGAUGGAAACCUCCUCCUAAAAUCUUACACUGAUUAGCAGGAGUCACUUCUCCCAGUCUAAUGUUAUUUUCUCAGUGGACCAGGAUUGCUUUCUGCUUGUUGGUGGCUAUCUGUAAACCAUAGGAACAGGGGCUCCCUUGCUGGGCAGGCUGUCUGUCUUCAUUCCUGGCAGCAGUCAGGGUAUUAACAUUGAUUUUUACAAUAAUGGUCACUACAGUUCUCACAAGGCAACUCUUCUGAUAAGGUACCCCUGCAUGCUGACCUGGUAGCCGAGGACCUGAGCCGCCAUUUCCUUGUUACUUAGAUACCAGAGGGUGGUCUCUUCUUCAAAUCCAGUGGCCAGACUCGGAGGCCUGUGACAGAAGAAGCGGCCGUUCCUCUGUCCUGCACCCCUCCUACGUUGCUUGCCCAGACUCUGCGGAGAGCAGCGUGCAUGGCCCCUGGUUUAGACCCACAUGCUUUUCUCCCCUCCUGCCUCGCAAUCAUUGUCCUUGUUUGGGCAGAUCUUGUUGGGGGUAUUCUUCCUUUAUUUGGUCAUUUCACCUCUUUUAUGAGUGCAUAAUUGAAGGAGUAGGUCGAGCAGUACCAGUUAGACCCUGGAGGCCUAAUGACUUAACCCUACAAUGUGUUCUGUCCUUGAAAAAUAGCUCUCUUCCUUCCCUACUCACUCGUAAUUAUGGAGCAUGGAACCGAAGCAGAUGGAUUAGGUGUUUCCAGUGUUCUUGGUGUGAGGGCUAAUCCCAGUGAUGGCUUCCUUCUCUUUGUAAAGCUUUAUGAACCCUUUCUGCGCUGCCCCAAGGAGGGCCUGUGCACUUUCCAUAUCUAAUCUUUUCUCUCAAAGGAAUAGAAGCUUAGGAAGACAGGAAUUCAGAAUGGAGCGCCGAGUUUUCUUCCUGGCUCUGUCCCUCGGCCCCCUGCGCCCCAGUCCCAACUCUGAAUCUCUUCAGUGAAGGUAACAGCACGUUCUCGAAGGUGUCUGCAAACAAGUGUAUCGCUGGCCCUUUGAGAGCCUCUCUGGAAAGCUCUCGUAGUGCGGUGUUGUUCCGUUGAGGGGGGUAUUUUUUUCAAUCUCUUUGCUAGAUAGCAGAGAUUAGUGACAUUUGUGACUGCCGAGAUAAUUUAUAUUAAUCGGGCUAGAACACUAAGGGGGAAACGCUGUUGCCGAUAGAGUGUCAUCUUUGACCAGGAAGGAAAUACAGUUUUCGUCAGAAAGAGAGGAAACCUUGCUGUUUCUCCUUGCUGCUCCAGCGGAGGCCCAGGUUAAGAGAAGGAUUCCGAGGGCAUUGGUGGCAGGUGAUGGGAUGGGUGUUCCUGUCAGUAUGUCACCUACGGCUGCCUGCAGGCACCUGGUGACCAGGUCAAUCUCCUUGUCACAGCUGGAAGAGAACUUGGAUUUAAGAACCAACAGUCCUCUUCCCACCUUCCCCCCUGCCGCUCCCCCGUGCCCUACACAUCCAUAAACUUGAACUCAGUUUUAGCAGUUAGCCUUUUAAGGGCGGGGAGGGGAAAGCUGAAACUUUAGAAUAUUAUUAUGCUGCUUUUUAAGUUUAUCCUCAUCAUUGUGGGAUGUAAGUUAAGGGGUUAUAAUUGUUUGUCAGGGGAUUUUUUUUUUUUUUUUUUUUUUUAAGCAAGAGCUCUGCUUUUCCUUGAGAGUUCGGAAAACAAACCUUGGAGAAACACUACUGAGUGGACUUAAGCUCCCUGGUUUUCUCACGAAGAACAGGGGUGGGAGUGGGGGUGGGGCUGGCUCACCUGCCGCAGGUGCUCAGGAAACUCGUUAGCCCAGCUAGUUUUUCUCUGCACUGUCGAGAGUAGUAUGGUGCUGGAGCCGUGCGACUUCAGGGGUUAGGUUAGAGAGGCACCGUCAGCUUGCUACAAAAGUGUGACUUAGGUCUCUCCUUUGCCUACUUGAAAAAGACCAACUGAAAACCUUAGGUGGAUUAAAAGGCUGGAACCCCAAGCAGAGACACCUGCUUCUAGAAACGGAAGGUGCAGGUUAACGUUCUCUGCUCCAGAAGCAAAGCAGCUCACAAGCGAGGAGUGCUCUGUGCAGGCGAUUGCCCGCGGACAUGCACGCUGGGGGCUGCCGCAGCUGGAUGGCUUUCACGUACAGGUAAAAUGAUUUCACCUUGGAUUUCCUGCCUUAAGGUAGCGCUUGGUGUGGAGUAUGUCUUCAUUAUGCUUUUCAAGUUUUUUCAUAAAAGGCUUUGUGUAAAAUUGACAUGUCAUGUAUUUUCCUGUAGAUUUCCAUCAUGAUUUUCAGAGUUGUAGCCAUAAAAAAAAUUUGGCCCUAAGAAUUCCAACUCACUGUUUUUCCAGGUGACCUUUAUAUAGCGAGGUCGUCAGAGUCGAGAGCCUUUCCCAGGGUUACAUUGGGAAUUGUCUCACAAUUCAGUUGCACAGUGGCUAGUCCAGAGUCAGGUAUGAAGCAUGCACUCCGCAAAGGCCCAGCCCGUAUCCAUCUCCUCGGAAGCUGGUGGAGCCUUGAGAGUGAAGGCUGCAGGCAGGUAGUGGAUUAGAGUUUGGGCCCCGUCUAGAAGGCGAGCUCUUGAUCCUUGCUGCAUCUCCAUUUCCUCAUCAGGAAACAAGGGACAGCGACAGUGGCUACCUCAGGGUUGUUGUCAGGGUUCAGACACUGAGCGGAGCGCCCAGCACUCCGCGACAGUUGACUGCUGCUACUAGACCCGGACCAGGGAUGCACAGCCCAGUCCCCUAGGGCUUUUUCUGAACUGCUGAGUUAGAGGCAGCGCCCGCUUUGGUCAGCUCCUGUCUGUACCAACAGGCCUCAUUGCGCCGUGCAGAAGCAGAGCCCGGGCACAGUCUGCCGGUCAGAGGCCGGGCUCUCUUGUGGUUUUCCCAGGAUCCGUCCCGGUGCAGCAGACACCCGGUGCUGUCUGCCGGCGCUCACUGGAGAGGAGCGUCACGUGUCCUGCCCGUCAUCUCCGAGCCAUGCUAGCGCUGAGGGCUCCCGACUCCCUGUGUGUGGGCCCUUCCCACCGUCCCUGCUGCCUCGUGAGACAGCGCCUCACACAGCGGCUCAGCCUGACACUCAGUCCGCAGGGCACAUGCUGGGCGCCCUCUGACCCUCGGGCUUCCCUGCUGAGUACUGGCGACCCUAGCAGAGCAGCACGUGGCGCUCAGCAGUUUAGAAAAUACACACAACGCGGCAGUCUGCACUUUGUGUAAAACAGAAAUAAUAGUAACCAACCUAAGCUUUGUAAAGAACUAGUCCUACAUUCCUUAUUCCUAAAAGAAGUUUAUUGUUCAGUAGUAUCAUUUUAAUGACUAUGAGAUGAUGUAUAUGAAAGCACUUUGAGAAAGUGUCCAGUGUAAUGUAACUAUAUGGUUGUUCACCAGUGUCUCUUUAAAAGAUAAGACAGGUCAUGAGCUGCUCAUUGACCUAAAGGCUUUUACCUGUGGGGGAAGACCUGAAAAACUCAGAUACAUGAACAGUCCCCUCUGUAAUCCAUCCCAUUUAUAAAUACAAAACUGCCCAGUGGCCGUGUGUAGGUAGAGCAGGUGCUCUGCUGAAGUUGUAGUUCAGAACCAAAUAACUUCAGAAUACUAGGGACCAACUUUUUGGCUUAAUUCUGAUCUUUACAAAGUAGCAAUGGCUGCUCACCCCAGGAUACAGAAGCCCUUCCAGGGACCCUGCCUCGAGGAGUGAGGCCCUCUUCCUCUGGAACAUUUGUCUACUAGUUGCUCAGCUCUUGGUAUCCUGAACGCGAGGGAGAGCAGACUCAGGAGCUGUUGAUGCUGACAGUGGCUUUUUAAACCGAUGUCCUGCAUGGUUAUUUUGGGGGGUGGGAGAGAGGGGAGCUGGCUGGCCCUAGAGCCGGUGCAUUUGAGGAAUUAUAUCUCUAGGAUUUCCUACCAGUUCCAAAUAACAUGGCCAUUCGUCAUCUCUGUUUUUUUUUUAAGAGUGGUAGCUGAGUUAGAUUAUAAAAUAUUCAAGAGUAAAUUACAUCAGGGGCCAAUCUUGAAUUCCAGCUGCGCUUCCUACUGAUCUCUCCCACCCCCUCCGUUUCUGCUGCUGAACUCACUGCUGACUUCAGGCUGGGCCCCGUGGUUCAUGGAGCUGACGGGGCUGUCUGUUUCUGUUCUUGAUGAUCUCGGGGUCUCGUCGUCUUUGUUGCAUUCAUCUCCCGCUGGACGUGGGACCACGUGUGUGUCCUGAGCAUCUGUCAGGAGCAGGCCUUUUUCUGUGGGUGUCUGCACUUGUUUCCUCUCCGCAUUAGCAAACCCCAGCUGCAUCUCUGUCCUAGUGUCUGUCCAGCCAGUGGCCCAGUUCCUUUCCCAACGCCUGCUUUGGUCUGGGCUGGGUGGGAGCCAUUGCCGGGUGACCCCGGCUGACAAAGGCUGUCCCGUGCUCCUGUACCUUCUAUGGGACAACCAGGAGAAACUGCUACCAACUGUGGCCUCCCACGUCAGAGAGGCAGGGCCUUGGCCUGGUUCUGAGACUUCUCCCACUCUUAACAGAAAGGGGACCCGUCCUGUUUAGAUAGAGUUCCAGGUUCCCAAGGACUGGCAGGCUGGCUUUUUGUGGAGAGCCAGGGUAACCUGGCCUAGAGUAACCGUGGCUGUCACCUGCCUCUUCCAGCACAGCCACAGCUCCCCUGCAUGUCACUGCCUGUGGAAGGGGCCGCACCCUGCUCCGGGGCCUCGGGUCAGGUGACUGCCAGCCGCAGCUGUCACCCUGUCCCCAAGGACACGUGUGCCCUGGGCCAGCUGCCUUUCCCGCCAUCACCCCCACUCCCGGGGGUCUGCAUUCCCUCUGGAACAUGAGCAGGAUGAGAGUCCCUCCUGGAACCAGAGGAUGGAAGUGAGCCUCCACCCUGCGUCGCCAGGGUCGGAGCUGCCGUGCUUCUGGGUGAGGGCGAAGGGGCGGGCCUUCUUGGUUCUGAGCCCACUUGGAGUGGCAGAAUUCAGCCCAGAGAUGUGCCUUCAAAGAUGAGUCCUGAAGUCCUGCAGGGUUGAUCGGCCUGAUUGAACUGGAGCUGGUAGAAGUGAGCUUCCCUGAGGCCUGGGGCCCCAGUCAGCAAGAAUCCCCCCCUCGAGGCUCCUCCCCUGCCCCGUGCUGGUUGGGCGGGUGGCUGCGUGCUUUUCAGUCCAGCUCCGUGAGCUCGCUUAGCUCGCACAGCUGUCAGUUUCUCUGUCCUAGGAAAAGUACGUCGUUUAAGCUCCGCAUCGCUAAGCAGCCUGAUGGGAGAGGCCAGCGCUGGCCUCAGCCCGAGGUAACAGGUGGCCAGUGCAGGGGGUCUUCACGCCUGCAGGCCACCCGCAGGCAGUGCACAGCCACUGCAAGUCAAGAGGCUGGGCUCAGCGCUGGCCUCAGGUCACCAGAUCCGGAACAGAGUU